AGAGAGAGAGAGAGAGAGAGAGAGAUCAGAGCAGAGCUUCGCAUCGCACGCCGAGCUGAGCUGAGUUGAGUUGAGACUCGGUGCGAACGGGAAGCGAGAAUCGAGGUAAUGGCGUCGAAGCUGUGCGACUCGUGCAAAUCGGCGACGGCCGCGCUGUUCUGCCGUGCCGACUCGGCCUUCCUCUGCCCGAGCUGCGACGCCAAGGUGCACGCGGCCAACAAGCUCGCGUCCCGCCACGCUCGCGUCGUCGUCUGCGAGGUCUGUGAGCAGUCGCCGGCGCACGUGACCUGCAAGGCGGACGCCGCCUCCCUCUGCCUCUCCUGCGACCGCGACAUCCACUCCGCCAACCCCGUCGCCCAGAAGCACGACCGCGUCCCCGUGGUCCCCUUCUACGACUCCCUCCCCCCAAACCACCACCACCCCGCCGUCGCCCCUCCCUUCGCCAAGCCAGCCGGCGACUUCGCCCUCAAGUCGGAGGACGACGUCAGCAGGGAGGAGGAGGAGGAGGCCGCCUCCUGGCUGCUGCCCAACCCCUCCAAGGCCGCUGAGACCCCCGACGUCAACUCGGUCCACCAGUUCGUGUUCGGCGACGAUGACGUGGACCCGUACCUGGACGUCGACUACGGGUCAGUCGACCCCAAGUUCGAGCCCAGCGGGGACCAGAACAGCUCCGGCACGGCGGACGGCGUCGUCCCGGUCCGGAGCGACGGCGUCGUUCACGGACCGUUCGUGGGGGAGGGCGGGUUCGACCUGGAGUUCACUGGUGGGUCCAAGGGGUUCGGGUUCGGCUAUGGCGCUCACUGCUUGAGCCAGAGUGUAUCGUCGUCCUCUCUCGACGUCGGAGUCGUGCCGGAGGGGAGCACGGUCACCGACAUGUCGAACCCCGGCGGCGGGAGAGGGGCCGGGGCGGGGUUCGAGCCCGCGAGCCGGGCGCUGCAGCUGUCGUCCGUGGACAGGGAGGCGAGGGUCCUGAGGUACAGGGAGAAGAGGAAGAACCGCAGGUUCGAGAAGACGAUCCGGUACGCGUCGCGGAAGGCGUACGCGGAGACGCGGCCGCGGAUCAAGGGGAGGUUCGCAAAGCGCGCCGACAUCGAGGCGGAGGCGGAGCGCAUGUUCGGGUUCGGGGUCGUGCCCUCCUUCUGAUCCCCUAACAAAUUGUUGAGGAGAUUCUUGUUGGAG